AUGGAGUACAAGCGUCAGUCUCCGGCCGCCGUAAAGGUGAAGCCGCGCCUCAUCAUUCACGGCGGCGCGGGCAACAUCAAGCCGUCGAAUCUGCAGCCGCCAGAGUACGCUGAGUACCGCCACGCCUUGCUGACGAUUGUCAGCAAGACAAACGCCUACCAAAGCACACCCUCUCUUGCCAGCACCACAGGCACCCUCCCCUCAGCCCUAGAAACAGCAACCCAUGCCGUCACCCUCCUGGAGAAUAACCCCCUCUUCAACAGCGGCCACGGCGCAGUCUUCACCCGCGACGGCAUCAACGAGCUCGAAGCCUCCGUCAUGGUCUCCCGCGGCUUCGCGAAGCGCGGGGUCGGCGUCACGGGGUUACGACACGUCCGGAACCCCAUUUUGUUGGCGAAAGCGAUUUUGGAGCACGGGGAUGAGGAUUUGGGUGGGAACCCGGAGAGUAGUCAUCCUUCUUCUUCCUCUUUGACUACUACUGCUGCUGCUGCUGCUGGCAAUGGUGGUGAAGAUGGUGCUUCUGCUGGCAUCGACGCCCCCUCAGCGCAAGGCCACACCCUCCUCCACGGCGCAACAGCAGAGACCCUCGCCAAGAAGUACGGUCUGGGCUUAGUAUCUAAGGAGUACUUCUUCACCCAACGGCGGUGGGACGAACACAUCCGCGCCCUUGAGAGAGAAAAGGCAGGCCAGGGGUCGAGCACGUACAGCACGACAGAGUUCCUUCCGCAAGGCACCGUCGGCGCCGUGGCGCUAGACGAGGAUGGCGUCGUCUGCGCGGCUACGAGCACCGGCGGGCUGACGAACAAGUUGACGGGCCGCAUCGGGGAUACGCCUGUCGUCGGGGCCGGGUUCUGGGCUGAGGAGUGGGUUGAGGAGGGGGAUCCGACGGGGGCGUUUGCGCGUGCUGGUGCUGGUGCUGGUGCUGGUGGUGCUGGGGAUGGGUUCCUUGUGUUGGGUGAAAGUUUAAAGGGGUUGAUGGCGGACUGCCUUCCCUCGCUGAGGACCUAUUCCCCCGUACCUGGCGGCGAAGCCAGUCUGCGCAAGGGCGUCAAGACGACGAGGGCGAUCGCUGCCUCCGGGACGGGUAACGGGGACUCCUUCAUGCGCGUCGCCGCCGGCCGGACAGUCGGCGCCGUGGCGCGGUGGAAGCCGCUUUCCGGGGCUGAUGCCGUGUCGUUUGUUUCUGGUCCGGGCGGGGAGUUGCAGAGCAGCGCGGGUCCGCGGUGGAAGGUGACCGGCGAGGGCGAGGGCGGUAUCAUUGGGAUCGAGGUUGCGGUUACGAGGAACGAGGGAGGGGAAGUGGUGGGUGUGCGGUCAGAGAUUCUGCAGGAUUUCAACUGUAAUGGGAUGUACAGGGCUUGGAUUGCCGAUGAUGGCAAGGCGUAUGCCAAGAUUUAUCGGGAUGGUGUUGAGGGGGUUGAUGUGAGGGAGUAUUCUGAGAAGUGGUGA